AUGUUUACCAGGCAUGCGCUGGCACUUGCCUGGGCAGGGAGCGCCCUUGCCGAUGGAACCCGGCCAUGCGGACUGGCGGCAAUGCAGCUUCGAUCUACAGACCACGCGGUGGAUCUGCAGCCUCGCUUCUCCCCGGCGGAGUUCAGCUACUCGGCCACCCUGGACUUCUCCAUGGAGACCUUCUCCAUUGACGCGGAGCCGGAAGCAGGUUGUGAAGUUGGAGGCCUUCCGAACCGCCCAUUCCUCGCGCCUGCCGUCGAGAAAGGUGGCAAUCCAAAGGAGUCGAACAUCUGCGCGCGCGAUCCGGCGACAGGAGCCGAGCAGUGGUAUCGGGUUUCCGUUGCGAAGCUAUCGGGAGCAGAGACCGAGAUAGCCGGAAUGCGGGUUCGAGGAGGUGAGCUGGUUCCAGAAUUUCGACCACAACAACGACUCUAUCAGGUCCAACUCGACGUGUCACAUGAUUUCGUCGAGGUGGACUUUGUCUUGCAGGAUAACGGGCAGAAGGUUCUUUGGAAGGCGACGCCGGAAGUCCGACGCGAAGGCUUGAACAGCCAAAGCAGCAUUGUGAGAGCCUUGGUCAUGGAGACAGGGGAGCAGCAGCAUCACCAGAGGCAUGAGGUUUUUCCACUCGAUGUAGGCUUCACUCGCCAGCUUUCCCUGCACAUUGAGUCGGCAGAUCCCAUGAAGGCAGCUCAGGGUGUCUACACGAUUAACGUCACCCGUGGGGGCUGCAGUAAGCAGCGGCCGCUGUACAACCCACGGUCAGGCAGUUGCCAUAUUGAAUGUCCGCAGGGCACGUACGCGAACAAGGAAGCCAGCAGAUGUUCAUAUUGCAACAGGAACUGUGCUGUCUGCAGCAGCUUCUCCGUCUGCGACCUCUGCUUCCAGGACACGGUUGACACCUCCUAUGUCCUUGACCAGAGCGACGGCAAUUGCACAGAGGUUAGGGGCAGCUUCUUCAAGAAGUACUACUGGUGGUGCCUCUCCGGAUCGAUCUUCGGCGGGCUCAUCUUGUGUGGGUGUCUGGUCUCUGUUUGUGAGUGGUUGUGCAGAACCUGCUGCUCUUCAAGACGAAAGUUUCAGCUCAACUCAGACUCUGACAUCGAUUAA